CCUACCACUCUCUCUCUCCUCUCUCCUCUCUCCUCUCUCCUCUCUCCCUCUCUCUUGCUUACUCUCUCUUUUUCUGAAAAAUUAUCCGCUCUUCUGUCGAAAUCUAUCCUUCCCUCUACUCUUUGCUCAGUGUUUGACUAUGAUCACAACUGUGUUUAUCCACUCCUUGAUCCAAUGAAGCUGGUUAUACAAUGAGCUAAUUGUGUUUGAAUUGAACUCGGUUUGUGUCAAAUUCUUGUAUCUUUUUCCGACUUUCUUGUGAGGAACCUUUUUGUUUGGGGUUUAAGGGUUACAGAAUUUGUUCAACUCAAGAAGUGAGAUUAAUAAGUUUGAAUAGAACUGGGUUUGUGUCAAAUUGUUGGAAUUUCUUUUGGUUUGUGGGAAUAUUUUGGUUUGGGGUUUAAGGGUUUAUUUGAAUUGAAUAAUUGAGAUUGGUUGAAAUUGGUAUUGGUGCGUGAUGAUGGCGAUGACGCCGGAGAAUGAGAUUGGAGAUGAUCCGAAAGAGGUAAGUGAGAGUGUGGAUGAUGGUCCGAAAUCACCUUGGAAAAGGCCGGUUGAUAAGAAGGGUGAUAAACCUGUUAUGGGGGCUGAAGCUUGGCCUCCUCUCUCGGAUGCUCAGCGGCUUAAGAAUCUCGACGCUCCCUCGAAAUCCCUGGCUUCCGAGGGUGGCACUUCUUCUGCUCAAUGCACUUCCAGUGAUGUGCAGGAUUCAGCUGUGCAGCAGAAAGCCUCCAAUGUUUCACAUAAGCAUGGGCAAAACCGUUACCACAGAUCUGGAUCUAAGCGUAACCUAAAUAGUGGGCCUCCUUUGAAUGUUCAUCAUGUACCAUAUUAUCAGCCAGAAAUGCCACAUGUUUACCCACCCAUGAUUCUUUCUCCGGUUCCGCUUCAAGGAUACGGGUACCAGUCAUAUCCAACUGCUUUCCCAGGGGCUGAGAAUCAACUAUCUAAUGCAGGCAGUGAAACUCCUCUGCGAGGUUUUGUUCCACCAAGUUAUAGUAUUGAUGCCAAUCGAAAUAUUCAACCUCCACGAGGAGAUCCCAACAUGACUGGUCCCAACCCCUAUAACAGAAGACCAAAUGUUUCUGAAGCUGGUGCUCGUCCAUAUCCUUUGUGGCAUUAUCCACCAGCAUACAAUCCUACAGAUGGUAUGAUGCAGCAAGCUAUGCCAAGGGCUUAUCCGCAGUCUUCUAUUUAUGGGCCAGCUCCACCAUAUGUGGCUGGACCAAGCUUUCCUGGUGCUGCGCCAAUGUAUUAUAUAAAUACUCCUCCUCCAGGUUCUAUUAGGGCACAGUACGCACCAAGCUAUACCACACAUCCUUUGAGUCCUAUGGCACCCAUUCUACCUCCAGAGACUCCAGCAUUAAGGGAGAGCAUAAUAAAGCAGAUUGAGUACUAUUUCAGUGAUGAGAAUUUGCAGACUGACCAUUACUUGAUUUCUCAUAUGGAUGGUCAAGGAUGGGUUCCGAUUUCCAUCAUCGCUGAUUUCAAAAGGGUCAAAAGAAUGAGUACAGACAUACCAUUCAUAUUAGAUGCACUUGAGAGUUCCAGGGCAGUGGAAGUGCAGGCUGACAAGCUAAGAAAACGUGAUAACUGGUCAAAGUACACUGCUGCUGUGGAGCAUACAUCUCCAGUAAAAGCUCAGAUGUCGAAGGAUCAAAUUGCAGGCACAGUGAUCAGCAAUGAGGAGAAUAAUAUGAUCAGUGAAGUUAGAAUGGAUGGUGCAACUGAAACAGCUGCCAUUUGCUCAUCAAGCAGUGAUAAUUUAGCAGAAGUAUCCCGAAAUGAUAAUAAACUUAAAGGUGAAGAUCAGAAAAGUGUGAUCAGCAAUGAGGAGAAUAAUAUGAUCAGUGAAGUUAGAAUGGAUGGUGCAACUGAAACAGCUGCCAUUUGCUCAUCAAGCAGUGAUAAUUUAGCAGAAGUAUCCAGAAAUGAUAAUAAACUUAAAGGUGAAGAUCAGAAAAGUGUGAAGGUCAUAAAUGAUAGUGAUAAACAAGCUCUGGUUCAUGGGCAGCCAUUCUCAGAUGAGAAGCAAAGUUCUGAAUCAAACAUUAAGUAUGCAGUUCCACCUGAUGUGGCAAGUGGCUCCUCCACCAAUGAUAAAGUUAAAGCACACAAGCCUACAAGAGAAGCGUUUCGUGAAGAUGAUAUCAUUGAUGAGCAACGUGAAAUGACUAUGAAUCUUGAUGAUUUAUCAGCUGAUUUUUCUGGUACUUUUAUGCUUGAUGAAGAGCUUGAAAUUGAGCGGAAAAUGCAGAAAAAGGGUGUACAUGGCUCAUGUAAAAGGAUCGAGGAUGAAGAUGACGAGAUAGUGGUCAACGAUCAGGAUGUUGAGAGACUUGUAAUUGUCACUCAGAAUAGCAGUGUGCUUGGAGCUGGAAGUGGAGUUCAGAAAUCAGAUAGCAUUUCCAAUGAGCAUGCAUCUGCAAUCAAUGAUGGUCUCUACUUCUAUGAGCAGGAACUCAAAGCAAAAAGGUCUCAUCGCAGAAAGAAAAACUCUAAUAUGGAGAGCAAAGAUGGGAGCUCUAGAUCGCCUAAUUUUCCUACUGGUGUAAUGAAUAUCAAGUCGCCUGAAAACUCUUUCGGUGGUCACGGGAGUGAUGAGGCUGCUCAUCUUAGUAACAGAAAGAAGCAACACAAAGGGUCAGGAAAACAGCAGUCAAGUCACAAACAAAGAUUUUUCUCUAGGAGUCAUGGAGGUGCUCGCAAUUCACUUGGAGUUAUAUCAGAAAGUCCUCCAAGUAAUUCUGUUGGGUUUUUCUUCGGUUCCACACCACCUGAAAACCAUGGUCUCAGAUCUUCAAAAUUGUGUGCUUCUCCUCAUGGGAAUGUCGCAGGAAGUAGUCCUCCAGUAGGCUCCUUGCCAAAGUCCUUUCCGCCGUUUCAGCAUCCAAGUCACCAAUUGCUAGAGCAAAAUGGCUACAAACAGCAGAAGUACAUGAAGUACCAAACGCGUUGCCUAAAUGACCGAACAAAGUUAGGAAUUGGAUGCAGCGAGGAAAUGAAUACUCUUUAUAGAUUUUGGUCAUACUUCCUUAGAGAUUCUUUUGUUCGUUCGAUGUACAAUGAGUUUCGGAAAUGUGCUCUGGAGGAUGCAGCUGCUAAUUAUAACUACGGGCUGGAAUGUUUGUUCAGGUUCUAUAGCUAUGGCUUGGAGAAGCAAUUCAAAGAUGACCUAUAUGGGGAUUUUGAGCAGCUCACUCUUGAUACUUACAAGAAAGGCAAUCUCUAUGGCCUUGAAAAAUAUUGGGCUUUUCACCAUUACCGGGAAAGACGUGAUGACAGAGUAACCUUGAAAAAGAAUCCGGAGUUGGAAAGGUUGCUUAGAGAGCAGUUCCGUAGUAUAGAUGACUUUCACCACGCCAAAGUGAAGUCUGAAAUGAAGGAUGAGAAUCAGCCACUGGCAGCGACACCUCCCCCUGUAGCGGCUUAAUUAUACUGAGUGCCAAUCCAAUUUUGAGAAGCUAACAUGUAGAUGAAAGGAGUCCGUGGAUUUUGUAUGUUUUGUGGCUGAUCCACAGUUGUUGCGGAUGCUUUUCUAGCUAUCUCCCUCCAAUCUUCAUCGUCUUUCUCCAACUCCAUUCGCAGUCUUUUAUAAUGAUUUGAUCCCUCUUGUUCUGACUUGUCUGCGAGCUUGGAAAGGCAUCUGUGCAUUAGAUUUGACUCUUUUUUGGAGUAAUUUGUACAUAAGAGAACUGUAAGACCCAAAAAAGAGGGGAAAAAAUUGAAAAAAAAAAAAUUUGACUGAAAUGGUGUCCAUUCCUUGUCAAAAUGCGUGUUCGGUUUUCCAUA